GGCGUCGCUGUAUCGGUCUGCGCGCUCCACACAGACUCCGGCGCUCGGGCGGGGGCGGGAGGCGGAGCGGAGGCGUGGAGGCGGUGUCGCCGCGGUCCAGGGGCGGCGGGCGGCCGGUGACCGCGGCGGAGUCAGUGGUCCUGGCGCCAUGGCCGCCUCGGUGUUCUGCUGCCUGCGGUGCUGCAGGGACGGCGGAACGGGACACAUCCCUCUGAAGGAGAUGCCGGCCGUGCAGCUGGACACGCAGCACAUGGGAACAGAUGUUGUCAUUGUAAAAAAUGGAAGAAGAAUAUGUGGAACAGGAGGUUGUUUAGCCAGUGCCCCUUUACAUCAAAACAAAAGCUACUUUGAAUUCAAAAUCCAGUCCACAGGAAUAUGGGGUAUUGGCGUUGCAACUCAGAAAGUUAACUUGAAUCAGAUUCCUCUUGGCCGAGAUGUGCACAGUCUGGUGAUGAGGAACGAUGGAGCCCUAUUCCACAACAACGAGGAAAAAAAUAGGCUGCCAGCAAACAGUCUUCCGCAGGAGGGAGAUGUGGUGUUGAUGACAGUGCAAUUUUGGAUUGCCAGUUCAGUGAAUUUUAUCAUACUCCUCCACCUGGUUUUGAAAAAAUAUUAUUUGAACAGCAGAUCUUCUGAAUGUAUUUGUUUUUGAAACUUGUGUUUCUGCACUUUUAAAAGUGUUUACCAUUUAAUAAAGCUUUACCUGACCUGUAGAUGAAAAUAUAUUCUUAAAAAUAUGCUUGUUAAUGUUGUUUAAGGAACCAGUGUGUUCAAGAUACCAUCUGGAAGUUGUGAUUUAAAAUACUUCUGUUUUGUGAGAUGAAAUCAGCGUUUGGGGCAGUUUAUUUAAUUCUUAUUUAAAUAAAUAUAACUAUGGUUUUGAUUAACAGUAUUAAGUGGAAAUAUGUAUAUAGAUAUUUAAAGGGGAAUCUUUCUUACAUAAAAUAUUUGUUUUUAUAAUAGACAUGCAGAGUUGGGUGGGUUUUUCUCAUUCUGAAAUUUAGACCUCAUUAACUGUUUUAAGUCUGCAGUCUAAUUUGUGUCUGAGUGUUCUUUUUUAUGUAGAGUAUAACAAAGUGUUAGAAAAUAUAUUAUUGGCAACUUCUUUUUUGGUGAUUUAUUUACUGUAAAAUGUACCACUUUUCUUUAACUUUAAAUUGCUUACUUUGUAUGUCACCGGUUUUAAUUUGCUUUGUGAAAGGAGGUAAAUGUUUUAGUAACUGUCAGAGCGUUUUGUUGAAGACCAUCAUGCUGUUACUUCAAUAGCAGAGUAAGUAGUGGUUGAUUGGUGAUGUAGUGUACACUGGCAGACAUUUAGAAUAGUAUGACGCUUUAACCUUAAAUGUAAAUGAGAUUAUUCUUUUAAGAACUUUUAUUUAAAUGUGUGUUUUUCUGUAAGGAAUAAUAAAAUAAUAGUAAUUAAGGGAUAUUUAGUACUAUAUUAAAUACACGUUCUUCCUGUUUGGUCAAUUUUACAUUAAAUUCACUUCAUUCUUGAUUAUUUCAGAAGUUCAGAGAUAAGCAAAUCCUCUCCAUGACCCUGAGCCUUUGCCAAGCCUUCAGUAAAGAUUCCUUCAAGACCCUACUAACCUGAGCUAACCACUGUACACACUCUGGUACAGUCUCCUUUUCUAGUGAGCCAAGGAUAUGCACGUUUCUCUCCUUUGUCAACAAGGAGCAGUGUGUUGUACUAGAAAACGAUGGGCUUUAGAAUCAGAAAUCUGAAUUGUAAUUUUGCCUUCUAAUCCCGUUACCUCCUCAGCUGAGUUCCUUAGCUUUCCUGAGCUCAGGUUCCCCAUUUAUAAAAGGGAUACUCAUAUUUAUUUGAUAAGAUUCUAUAAAUAGUUAAAUAAGGUAAUAUACGUAAAACACCUGAAUCACCAUAGGCACUAAUAAAUGUAGCUUCCUUAUUGACUCUUCAGCAGUGGUUUUCAUAGUGUCCUCAGACCAGCAGCCUCAGGAACUUGUUAGAAAUGCAUAUUCUCAGGCCCUGCCCCAGACCCACUGAAUCAGAAACCAUUGGGGAUAGCACCCAGGAAUCUGUGUUUGAACAAGUCUUUCAGGUGAUUCUAAUACACGCUAAAGUUUGAGAACCACUGUUCAGGAGAGAAUGAUUGCCUACUAUAAGUUUUCUAAGGAUUUAAGACUAUUUUUGUCCCAUAGGCAAGAGAAUCCUGCAGUGUUUAUUGUUUAAUUGGUAGAUAAAAAUGUGACAACGUGCUUUGAAAACAUAAAUAUACUUGAGUAAAUUUAUUUACAUAAAACCCAAAUUUACCUCUGCAGAUGCAGAAUUGAACUAACUAUAUUAUUUAUGCAUUUUUGUCUGACUUUCUGAAUCUUAAUUUGUAAAGAACAUGCUUACUUUGGAAAGUGAAUUGAAAUGACUACUGUUUGCUGUCUUUAGAAAAUGUUAUCUACCUCUUCGUUAUUUUUUUUUAAACCAACCUUUUUUUAGUCAUCCUAUUCUUUACUCAAGACUAUCUUUUCUCCUCUAGUCAUAUGGAAUAGACACAAUACUAAAAAUGAUACAUGAGUUGUGCCAUGUCCAUGGCAACAGUUUCAUGAAGUCUAAAUAUGUUUUUAAUCUGAAGGUAUCUAAGUUCUCUUAGGAAAAUUACCUCCCUAAACAUAUAACCUCAGUCUAAUCUUAAGGAAGACAUCACACAAAUUCCAUUAGAGGGGCAUCCUAUAAAAUACUUGAACAGUACUCCUCCAAACUGUCAAGGUCAUCAAAAAAAGAAAGAGAAA